UCCUACGCGUUCCCUAUUAACAACAAACCACCUUUUGCUUACAAUUUUCUUCUCAAGAGUUUGUACUUCUACGCUGUGUUAGUCUCAAUUUCUUUCCGUACUAUUGCCUCCAACUGGUUGUAUUAUUACCGUUUCUUUGUGAUAAAAUUGAAAGUAGAGGAUAUGCUGCUAUUUGUGGACCGCAUACCCGAGCAUUGCUGUGCAACUUGAUGCGUUCUGCCAGUUUUGCUGCUUUGUCAUUCGAAAGGUGCAGAGCAUGCAUUUACAAAAGCAUCACCUCAGUUUUAUGACAAUUUCGAUUACAUGGCGUACGCAGCGCUUCAAAGCACUGCCGUCUAUAAUGCUGUUUUGUGUUGUCAAAGUCUGACGUGCCUUUUGACGGUAUUGUUCUUUUUUUGUAAGGCAGUCGACUCAGUAUUCCAAAGUAGCAGUAUCUUCUCUUUGAGUAUAGAAGCGAAGAUCAAUGAAAGUAAAUGUCUACCACCUUGCAAGAGUAUUGAGAAGGGGUUAUCUAAGAUCCAUCGAAAUUACGCAAUCGCUGGCAGAAAUGGUGGAAGAAGAGUUCCUUGCUAAACAAAGG